CAUUAUGUUUCUUUCUGCUUCCUUUACACCACCAGGUGUUGUUAAUUGGCUCCAACUGAGGAGAAUCAGUGGUAAUACACUUUAAGUUAAGGUUGUAUUUUUUUAAGCGUAAACCUUAAAAUAAAUAAAUACAUAAUUAAACUUGUUAUAAGACUUCAGGGCAUGGUUUACCUCCCACUGUUUCUCAUGCUGCCGUUGUGGUCCUCCACUAAUGGUGGAGCAGUAAACCGAACAACCCAGGUGAUGAGAAAAGUUUCCCGGAGAGAAACACCGACUCUUCCGCCGCCGUACCUGCACCUCCCCGUGUUCGUGGACUCAAGGCUGCCGCUGGUGGAGAAGGAGCACUUCUCUCCCGCCAGAGGAACCGGACAGGAGCCGUUACCUGCGUCCGUCCGGGAGCUCCUACUCCCGGUUCGGCCGAAUACCAGUCCGCCCGGCGCUUCGGGUGUUUCCGUGAAGACUUCAUGUCAGCUGCAAAAGAUGCAGGUGCAGGUGCCGAGGAGCAUUUUGGGCACAGGUGAACUACACUCUCAGGUCAAACUGGGCACAUGCAAGGCCAGUAAAUCUACAAAAGAUGACCUGUAUUUUGAAUAUGACCUCGGCAUGUGUGGAACCAAACGCACGAUAAAUAAUAACCAGGUGGCCUAUUCAAACACACUACAGUAUGACCUGCCAAGACUCCAAGGACCAAUCAGGCGAGCUGUGCCCUUCACCCUGCCUGUUGCAUGUUAUUAUAACAGGUACCAAUACUCCUACAAAAUUGGCUACACACCAAAGAUACAGAUGCGCAAGAUCUUCAAACCAAUGAAGAACAGAGUAAAGUUCAUUCUGACUCCACGAAAUGCUCAGUGGGAACGGCUUUCUCCAUCAGAUCAGUAUGUUUUAGGGAACCCCAUGUACUUUGAGGCAGAGGCCCCCUCCAUGUCCCAAGACAAAAGACUGUACGUCCACUUGUGUUACGCGACACCCAAUAAGUCCCAUACCUCCAAGCCUCAGUUUCCAGUCAUAAACAACUUUGGGUGUAUGGUUGAAAGCAAGGACAGACGCUCCAGAUUCAUCUCACACAAAACCACUUCUGUGAGAUUCUCUGUGGAUGCCUUCUUGUUCAAAGGAAUGACAGGCCAGCAGCUCUACAUGCACUGCAGCAUGUCUGUGGGCGGUUCUGCCCCAACAACUACAGCUAAGUCCUGCAACUACGACACAAAAGCAAGAAGAUGGGUUGAGCUGUAUGGAUCAGACUCGGUGUGCACCUGCUGUGACUCCGACUGCAGCUCUGCUGUGUCCACAGUGACCAAAAUAAUCAGCAGCAGGUCAUGGACAAUAGAGCCCAAAGUGAAACCUACCACAACCCCAAAGAGGAAGACGGUUUCCACCACCACAACAACAACAAUAGCAGCAGCAGCACAACCAGAGACUACCAGAGAGGUGACCAAAAGGAGGACCACUUCAGACGUGAAAAAGGCGAGCACGGUGAAGGAGUUGGAGUGGCCAUUCGGAGCUGGAGGACUGACAUGGGUUGAGGUGGAAGGUGAAGAGAAGCAGGUGAAGGGCUUUGCUGUUGUGGAUGAGGAGGAAAAGGUCACAAAAACAAUAACAACAACAAUAGCAGCAGCACCACAGCCCGAGACUACCAAAGAGGUGACCGAAAGGAGGACGACUUUACAACUUGAAGAGACAGCAGUGACUCCAGUGGGCAAAGCAGCGAGCCCAGUGAAGGAGUUGGAGUGGCUGUUUGGAGCUGGAGGACUGACAUGGGUUGAGGAGGAAGGUGAGGAGAAGCAGGUGAAGGGCUUUGCUGUUGUGGAGGAGAAAAAGGUCACAGAACCUCGAACAGUAUUUGAAGAUAUCUUUGAUUUUGACAAAUAAAGCUAAAUUUGUCCAGU